CUCGCGCCGCCAGAAGAGCAGAAGCGAACCGAGCUUCGGUGAGUCGAGUCGAGGAGGGAGAGGAGAUGGUGGAGAAGAAGGGAGGAGCGGCGAGGAAGGAGGAGGUGGUCACGAGGGAGUACACCAUCAACCUCCACAAGCGCCUCCAUGGCUGUACAUUCAAGAAGAAGGCGCCUAAUGCCAUCAAAGAGAUCAGGAAGUUCGCACAGAAGGCUAUGGGCACUACCGAUGUCAGGGUUGAUGUGAAGCUCAACAAGCACAUUUGGAGCAGUGGGAUCAGGAGCGUACCACGGAGGGUUCGUGUGAGGAUUGCCCGCAAGAGGAACGACGAGGAGGAUGCCAAAGAAGAGCUCUACUCUCUGGUCACUGUUGCUGAGGUCCCUCCUGAGGGUUUGAAGGGGCUGGGAACCAAGGUUGUUGACGAAACGGAUUAAGCUUUUACCUUCUCUGCAUCUCUAGAAUGAGUUUAGUUUGAAUUGCAACAGCAAACUUUUUUUUUUGCAAAUCAGAAGUUUUGGACUAUAGCA